GGUCGUAACGGUACGAGACACUACAAGCGAUCGGUGGAGGGUUUUGUGGGUCAUGGAGGAGGAAGGUAAAUAAAAGAGAAGCGCUAAUAACGCACGGCGGCUGGUUUUAGACGGUUACCGGGAGGUUUGACACGCUGGAUGCGACAACUUUUGCUCCGAUAACGGUAGUGAAAUCAGACGGAGAGGACAGACCGGAGAGGAGGGACUGUCGGCUCGGCUACAGCAGCAGCUGUCGGCGUUCUCAGGUGGUCUGAUUGGGUUUGCCUCGUCCUUGUGUUGCCAUGGCGAUGCGGGAGUUGGUAGAGGCAGAAUGUGGGGGAGCCAAUCCCCUCAUGAAGCUGACCAGUCACAUGACCAAGGAAGGGGGGGCAUGGCGGCACCGUUCAACACCUACAAUUCCCCCCACUCCCAUUGAAAUUGCAACUGAAGAAGAGCUGGUGAAUGAGUUCCUUCAGGCGCCCCCACGACCCCCACACACAUUUGACAUGGGUCAGCUGCUGGAGGAAAUGCAGCAGAUCGACCAGCAAAGCUACAGACAAGCUCCACAGAGAGCUCCAGAUGUGGCAGCGUUGGCGCUCUCCGGUGACUGGGCAGCCGAGUUCCUCUCAGGUUCUGACUCUGCCUCCACACCGGGGCUCAUCACUCUUGGCGAUGCAGCAGAUGCUGAUUGGACGAGGGAGUUUAUCGCUGAGGCUGCAGAUCCUGGACGCUGGGCAGAGGAGUAUCUGGAGCAGUCGGAGGAGAAGUUGUGGCUUGGAGACUUGGGAGACAAGGAGAAUGAAUGGACAAAAGAGUAUCAACCAGGAGAGGAGCUGAGGCAGACAGCCAAUGAGCUUGUCUCAAAGGUCGAAGACCCCAAGUUACAAAAUACAGAGUUCCUGCGAUUCAUUAGGCAGAUUGGCGAGGGCAGUGUCACAGUGGAGAGCAGUACAGACAGACAGCUCACAGAUAAAGCUCAGGCCGAGGAGGCUCAGAACUGGGCCUCCAACCUCAACCAGGUGUCAGAGGAGUCGGCUGAAGCCUGGGUUGACGAGUUUGCCACAUCAGGACCAGACUUCCAACAAGCCAAAGCUGCAGUGGAGAGUGAUGUGGAUUUCUGGGAGAAGCUACAGCAGGAGUGGGAGGAGAUGGCUAAGAGGGAUGCAGAGAGCCAUCCCUGGCUGUCUGACUUCGAUCAGCUACUCAGCACUUCUUAUGACAAGGGGUAUCAAUUUGAAGAGGACAACCCCUACUUAUCUCACCCAGACCCUUUGUCAGAAGGAGUAAAGAGGAUGGAGGCAGGGGACAUCCCUGGUGCUGUACGGUUCUUUGAAAGUGCUGUACAGAGAGAACCAGACAACCAGCUGGCUUGGCAGUAUCUGGGAACCUGUCAGGCAGAAAACGAGCAAGAAUUUGCUGCCAUCAGCGCCCUCCGCAGAUGUAUAGAGCUGAAGAACGACAACCUGACUGCUCUGAUGGCGCUGGCUGUCAGUUUCACUAAUGAGUCACUGCACAGGCAGGCCUGUGAGACUCUUCGUGAUUGGCUGAAGCACAAUCCAAAAUACCGCUCUGUUUGGGAGCAGAAUGAGCGCGAACGCCAAAAAGAUGGUGCCAGAGAUAGGGAGAAGGAGAGGGAGAGGUUCGGGUCACUCCUGCCAGAAUCUUUGUUUUCUGACGUCCAGUCCCUGUUCCUGCGUGCAGCCAACUCUGACCCGGCCCAGGUGGACCCCCAACUGCAGUGUGGUCUGGGAGUUCUCUUCAACCUCAGUGGAGAGUAUGACAAGGCGGUGGACUGUUUCAGUGCCGCUCUCUCUGUCACGCCACAGGACUACCUGCUGUGGAAUAAGUUGGGUGCUACUCUGGCCAAUGGAAGCCGCUCAGAGGAGGCAGUGGCGGCCUACAGGAGAGCCCUGGAGCUGCAGCCCGGUUUCGUCCGCAGUCGCUACAACUUGGGGAUCAGCUGUGUCAACUUAGGAGCACACAGAGAAGCGGUGGAGCAUUUCCUCGAAGCUCUGUCUCUACAACGCCAAGCGGCUGGGGAUGGGGCCAGAGCUGCAAGAGGGCCCGGAGGUGCUGCAGCAACCAUGAUGUCUGACAACAUCUGGUCCACCCUGCGCAUGGCUCUCAGCAUGAUGGGAGAGAGCUCUCUGUAUGCUGCUGCUGAUCGCCGGGACUUGGACACAUUGCUGGCUCACUUCUGCCAGAGAGAGGUGGAUGGUGGGACUGAAUGAAAACCAGCCAGGGGAGGGCUUAUUGAGUGUGAAUGUGUUUUGCUGGGAGGUAAAUGUUUGGGUGACUGAAUGAAAUGGGAGCAGAAUCAGAGGGGUAACGGUUAGAGAGAAAUGGAGAUGGAAGACACUGUGAAUUAUCCGCCAUCAUAGAGACAUCAUCUUGUGCUUGUGUGUGUUUAAACGAUUUCUAACAAAUGUUGCAGUAUUAGUCUCUACCUGGAGAGAAACAGCCAGCAGUAAUACAGUCAUGUCUCUGUAUUUGACAUGUUUGACGUUAUGCUCAUUGCCUCCAACUCUGUUGAUCUGCAGAACUGGGUUUGAUUUGAAAUUUGUUCUCGAUGAAGAAAGUAGAUGAUGAAGAAUGAGUGAAUACCUUCUGUACUCCGUAACCAGCAAUGUGGACAGUUAUGUUUAUCAUGACACUCAAUGCUCUCAUAGUCUUUCUUAAUAGCAGGUUGUAAAUUGAAUUGUAUACUCACUACGGUUAUGUAAAUUAAAGGUACAGUAUUGCUGUGACAGUGAGAAGAGUACUGCUUUUUAUCAAAGGUGCUCUUAAGAGAAGGAUUAUGUCAGUCCAGAGUACAAACACUAGUCAGAAGUGCUACAGUGGCUCGUUUUUCUGUUUUUUGUAAUACCUUAUUUAAUUUUUUAGUAAUCAUUUAUCAGCCAGGACAAUGAACUGACAACCAGCGGGACUGAUACUGUUAUGAUAAGGUGUGUGUAUGUGUGUACAGUAUGUGUGUGUGCGUGUUUGGGGUUGGGCGGGGGAUAUUAAUCGUGCAUCGGAUGAUAAGAUCAUAUAAUUGUAAUAUCAUGAAAUGAUUCCUCUGGGCUCCUCUCUUGCUCUUUUUCAUAUCGCUCUUGUAAAACAAUUGGCUUCAUUGUAAAAUAAUGCUAUAUGCCAUAAUGUGUAUUGUAACAUAAUUGUUGCACUAUAAUUGUUUUCAGGCUAGCUAUAUCCUGACUGCAAUGUUUAAUAUAAUAUUCAGCAAUAAAGCUUUGAUUCCA